AAAAAACCGAAAGCAAAAGCUGCUUUCCGGCCCCGCCCUGCAGCCGGCUCCGCCACAUUCGGGGGCUGCUAACCGGCGAGGGCGCGUCUCUCCUCCGCCAUGGCAUCGGUUUUGAAUGUCAGUGAAUCCAAAGCAUCUGAAAGAACAGUUGUAGUUGCUGGUCUUCCUGUUGGCGUUUGGAACGAUCUGUUACUGUCCACAGUAGUGAAGACUCACUUCCAAGAUAUUAAGAAUAAGGGUGGCUGUGUUGAAGAUGUGAUAUAUCCAACAAGAACCAAGGGAGUUGCGUAUGUAAUAUUCAAAGAAAAAAAAGUUGCAGAGAAUGUCAUCAGAGAAAAGAAAUACUGUCUUGCAGAGAAGUUCGGAUCCGUGGAACUCACAGUCUCUCAUUUUAGUGAACAGGUCUUCAGCUCUGUAAAAGCUAUUCUUGACCUAUCCGUUUUUCAGAGUCAAGUUGUUCUGGAAAAUCUGGUAAUGGACCUGCAAAGGAAAAUUCCAACUUUAUGCUUCAGUCCUUUGGAACACAAUGGAAGGAUCUCUGUUCAAGGAUCAUUUCUGGCUAUCAAAAGUCUCAAAGAAUCUUUGCUAUUAACAGCAAGGCUUCUUUUAGAGAAAAACAGGAGUUUUAUCAGUGAGGGGGAAAAGUGGAAUAGACAGAGCCCCGGAAGGAGCCUACAGAGAAGUAGUACUUCUCUGGAAUCACUCAGGUCCUCCUUACCUGACACUACUAGAAGUGGAGAAAUGCUUGUUCUCGACACAGAUGUUUUUCUUUACCUGAAAAAGAAGAGCGAGUUUUAUAAAGACACAUUGAAAACAUUUCAUGUUCUGUGUCAGGAGAGAGUGGAUGGUGAAAUUACCACACUUUGCCUAAAAAAUGCUCAAGAUGGUUCUUGGCCAAACAAUGAAAAACUUGUAAAAGAGUUCAUUGAGAAAUAUUCUCAUAGUCUACACUUUGAGCUUAGAAAAGAGACAUUUGUUUUGGAAGGAAAGGACAAUAGAGAGAAAAUAAAUAUUAAGUUGGCAUGUGAACAACUAAGUUCGAGGUACCUGAAGGUUCUGACUAAUUUUUAUAAGACACACAUUGACAUUAUAGGAUCUUCUUCUGACACUUACUCAUUUAAAAAAGAGGUCAUGAAAUUAAUAAAGCAAAAAGUUAGGUAAUAGAAUCUCAGCAAUAGUGAUGGCAAUGGCUGCUGCUUUCCUUUACCAAACAGUGAGGACGCCAUGCAUGACGCCAGCUUUACCCACUUUAUCUCGUUUAAUCCUUGAGACCAUCCUUCAUCGUAGGCACUGCUUUCCUCAUGUUAUAGGGGAAGAAAGUAGGAUUUAGGGGUUAUCCAGAUGCAAGGAAUGGGGCUGAGGUCAAACCCAGUCUCUGAUUACAAAGAUAAUAUCUUAGUUAUAAAACUUGGACAAACAUCUCACUACACUUGGAAGAAAUCUCACUUUCUCUGCAACGGCAAAUUCUUCAAAAAAGAAGUAGCUUAUUUCUAACAUAUAAGAAGUUCAGAUAAUGAUGACUAUGUCAUUGGCAAUUUCAAACAUUUACAAAGUUUGUGUUUACUCCAAAUAGAAAAAGAAUGCUGGCAAAAGUCACUUGAGAAGUUACUUAGAUGGAAAGUAUUUCUGAUGCAGGUAAAUCAUUACUUGAGUGAAUCUCAUUGGCACAAGGCUACUGGACAUACACAACAUUUUUAUUGCUGGUUAUUUACCUAAGUGAUUAUAUAAAAUCUUGGUUCUCUUGUUAUAAUUAUGAGGAAAGUGUAGUGUCUUUUUUUCUUUCUUCCCCCUUUUAUAAUUGUGUUGUUAAAGUAACAACAUUUGAGAGGUAAGCGUAUGGACGAUAAAAAUAAUUACAAGUGCUAUUUGCCAGGCAUAAUUUUUAGUGUUUUAUAUAUCUUUAUUCUCAUAGCAACCCUAUGAGGUAGGUGGUCUUGAUCCCAUUUGCUUAGAUAUGGAAACUGACGCGCACUGAUGUAAUUUAAUCCGUGCUCUUAAUUAUUGUACUGUGCUUCUCCCUUUUAUAGAACUAGUAUUCCACAAUUCUACUUAAACAGUUGAGAAGUCUUUCCUUAAAGGUGGCAGAAGGAUUUGAAAAUUCUUUAGUAAAGAAGGGAAGCCAGAGCUUGUAAGUCAUUCAGUUGUCUAUGACUCCCCUGAAUUUAACUUUGGGUUUAGCCAAUUUUAAGUAUGGGGCACUGCAGAGACCCUCCUAGGAUAAUAAAAUGUAUACAUCGUGCAUAUCUCUAAGUAAACAAACAUGCUUAUGAUGGUUAGAAUUGUUUCAGUAGAAAAGUGUAAGAAAAAUCUCACUAUAUGCUUUCAUUUUUCUCAGCCAUCUAAAUCUCAAAUAUAUAAAUAAGUUCUAUUUCUUUAAAUACGACGUUUCAUUUCUGUUUGAGUACACACUUUUAUCACAGGAAACUGCUAUUUAUGUCAAGCGCCCAAUAAUGCAUCUUUAAGUUAAAAAGGGGUUUCGUUUUUAUUUUGCUUCAAGGACUUUGUUUGUCUUAGUCUGGAUCCACUCAGGAGAGAGAAGCCCCCCAGUAAUUGGAACAGGGAAAGUGUAAUAUAAAGAAUUGUUAAUUAUAACGGAUUGGAAUAAAGAGGGACUGGCUAGCAAUAAAUAAAGAGACCUCUAAAAAAUACAGGAAUAACAGACAUAAGGAGCAGCUUAGAUAGAGCACCCAAGGAAGAGCACCCAUGCCCCCCACCUCUCCCAGGACUGAGAGCCAGUCCUUGCUGGAGGGCUUGUGCAAGGAGACUUUGCUUGAAAUCCAUCCUCUAGGAUGCUGGAGGAAUCUCUUCACAGGGGUACCUCACCAGGGCACUCCAUUACGAAAUGCCUGAAGGGGUUGCACAGGGGAGCGGCUAGUGGCUGGAUGACACUGGCUACUGUGCACUGCAGGCCUGGAGUGCUGGGGAGGCCUGUGUGCCAGGGGCUGGCCCCUAGAGAAACUGCCACGCUGUGACUUGGGUACUGGGGGAGCCUCCGGGGCUGAGGAGCUGGAUUCUGGGUAGGCUGCCCAAUGAAUGCAGUGAAGCAGGAACAGACUUCUCUCCUGCAGUGACUCUCCAGUGCCCUCUACUGAGAAAGCUUAACGGCCUGUCAGCUACGAAACAGGCCCCUUUUUAAAGGGCCCAGAACUAUUAGGGAGUUAGGCACAUAAGAUGAAUUUAAGGCUGAGUCAAUAAAUUGAGAGCUGGCAGAGUUUAUAUUUGAUACGUACCAAGGCUUUCAUUAUUACCCCAAAUUUAAUAUCAAUAAAAGUCUUUCACCAAAGAGCUGGAUCAGAAGAGUCUCAUUCCAUGAUGUGAUAGAAAUUGAAGACUAGUUGAUUUAAAGAUACAGGUAUAACAUUUUCUCUGAAAAGAUUAUGUAUUUCAGGUGUUUUCUACAUUUUGUUGUCCAGUUUAGAGUUUAACAGCACUCUUCUUGUAAUACGCUGGCUGUGUAACCAAUUUCUGUUCUUAAUAAAAACUGACUUUUUUC